CCGCGGCGCCGCUCGGCUCCUCACUCCCAACAAUGGCGGCUCCGAGCCCGAGCGGCGGCGGCGGCUCCGGGGGCGGCAGCAGCAGCAGCGGCACCCCGGGGCCCGUGGGGUCCCCGGCGCCCGGCCACCCGGCCGUCAGCAGCAUGCAGGGUAAACGCAAAGCACUGAAGUUGAAUUUUGCAAAUCCACCUUUCAAAUCUACAGCAAGGUUUACUCUGAAUCCCAAUCCUGCAGGAGUUCAAAACCCGCACAUAGAGAGACUGAGAACACACAGCAUUGAAUCGUCAGGAAAACUGAAGAUCUCCCCUGAGCAGCACUGGGAUUUCACUGCAGAGGACUUGAAAGACCUUGGAGAAAUUGGACGAGGAGCUUAUGGUUCUGUCAACAAAAUGGUCCACAAACCAAGUGGGCAAAUAAUGGCAGUUAAAAGAAUUCGGUCAACAGUGGAUGAAAAAGAGCAAAAGCAGCUUCUGAUGGAUCUGGACGUAGUGAUGAGGAGCAGCGACUGCCCGUACAUUGUUCAGUUUUACGGCGCACUCUUCAGAGAGGGUGACUGUUGGAUCUGUAUGGAACUCAUGUCUACCUCGUUUGAUAAGUUUUACAAAUAUGUAUAUAGUGUAUUAGAUGAUGUUAUUCCAGAAGAAAUUUUAGGCAAAAUCACUUUAGCAACUGUGAAAGCACUAAACCACUUAAAAGAAAACUUGAAAAUCAUUCACAGAGAUAUCAAACCUUCCAAUAUUCUUCUGGACAGAAGUGGAAAUAUUAAACUCUGUGACUUUGGCAUCAGUGGACAGCUUGUGGACUCCAUUGCCAAGACCAGAGAUGCUGGGUGUAGGCCGUACAUGGCACCUGAAAGAAUAGACCCAAGUGCAUCACGACAAGGAUAUGAUGUCCGCUCGGAUGUCUGGAGUUUGGGGAUCACAUUGUACGAACUGGCCACGGGCCGAUUUCCUUAUCCAAAGUGGAAUAGUGUAUUUGAUCAACUAACACAAGUCGUGAAAGGAGAUCCGCCGCAGCUGAGUAAUUCUGAGGAAAGGGAAUUCUCCCCAAGUUUCAUCAACUUUGUCAACUUGUGCCUUACGAAGGAUGAAUCCAAAAGGCCAAAGUAUAAAGAACUUCUGAAACACCCCUUUAUUUUGAUGUAUGAGGAACGCACCGUAGAGGUCGCAUGCUAUGUUUGCAAAAUCCUGGAUCAAAUGCCAGCUACUCCCAGCUCUCCCAUGUAUGUUGAUUGAUACCGCUGCUACGUCAGACUCUAGAAACAAGGGCUGAGAGGAAGCAAGACGUAAAGAAUUUUCAUCCUGCAUCACAGUGUUUUUAUUGCUCGCCCAGACACCACGUGCAAUAAGAUCGGUGUUCGUCUCCAUCCUGUCUGUAAACUCCGUACCCCGUCACAUCCAACCCGUCACGCAGUGUUAGUGCUGGUCAGAGAGGCCUCGUCCUGCUCGUCCGUGAUGACCGUGGCCGUGGAUCUCGGAAGUUAGUACCAUCAGUUUGUUGGCUGUGAUUAGAUUUCACCUUAAGUUCAUUUCUAGACUCGAAACCCGGAGACGCAGCUGGUGGAAUGGUGUUUUGUCAGACUGCCGAGGGCCGGGUGCGCCGUGUCUGAACACAGACUCAGGCUCGCGUGAGAAGAGCGUGCACGGCCAACGAGACAUGUUGCCUCUGGAGCUGGGAGACUUCCUUCACCAAGUGCAAUAGGUUCACGGAUCGGACGUUCUGUUGCUUUACAGCCACCGUCGAUGUUUGGGGGUCGAUGUGCUCGGCCAAAUUUCCUGUUUGAAAGAUCAUGUCCAAUGAGUGAAUUUACCUUUACCAAAAACCCAGUCGCGUCCGGAGAGGUGCGCAUCCCAACGUGAGACAGGACGGAACGUGUCCUUCCCUCCUUUCCCAGUCCUUGUGCUCGUCACUGGGAAGACUCAGGAGUCUGCCGCUUGUCAGAGAAGGUGCUGAUCCUAAGAAUUUUCGUUCUCAGAAGUCGGUGUGCUGCCAACUUGAUGUUCCACCUGCCACAAACCACCAGGACGGAAGAAGGGAGGAAGGACGGAGGGCGGGGCAGAGUUUACAGGUAUUUUUAAUUCUCGUGUCGUUUCUGGAACAACUCGUAGCAGCCCUGCAUCUCCCCUUGGUCCCGAGCCUGGUCCUUUCUUUAGCCAUCGUGACUCGCCCACAGGGAGGAGUAGCUAGUCGCCAUGUGCCUUGAUCGCGUCGAUGAAGAUUCCCUGUGGACGGCAAAAGACCAAAUCUGCUGUUUGGCGUCCCUGGUUCAGGUCUGCAGCUUCUGAGUCUCUUUCUCUGCCUGUGCGGUCUCCCGCCGUUCUGUGACUUUCGCUUAACCCGAGGUUGCGCCUUUUUUCCCCUCCCGGAAGGAAACCUUUUUAAUUACCAGGGCUGUUCCUCACCAGGGACGCUGAGCCCCCGUCUCUCAAACGCCAUCAUGUUCCGCAGGCUGCAAAGUGUGAGGCCCUGCCGACGGGGUGGGCGCUGAUCGUAAGCUCGUCCCCCGCCAGGAUCUCUAGCCUGGCGCCGCCGCCGUCUCUUGGAAUUGGAAUUCUGCAGAAAAACAAAACAAAACAACCCACAGAAAACAAAACCCAACCAACCCCAGGAUAGUUAGGAGAGGCCGUCUGAAUCCGCAUCUUCUGCCGCCCUUCCUCACUCACGCCCGGCCCCGAGCAUCCGUGGCACGGGCGGUUGAGCAGCGCUGUGAGUGGCUCAGGCUCCCUGGAGUGUACCGCGGCCGAGGUCAGGGCGCAGGCGACGCCGUGACAGAGCCAAAUAGUGGUAGGUGUGGCGGUGUCUCCUCCCGAGUGAGUCGCAAACACUUUCCAACCAUAAAGGGAGGAUGGUGCUGUUUCAAGUUACUUCCCUGUAAACUUCAGAAUUCACAGAGGCUUCUUCGCUUUGGUCCACCUGCCUGCUUUUCCUGUUUCUCCCCCGCGGGUCAACGCGGACUUCCCAGUGUUGCGAAGGGAAGCACGGCCGUGUCUCCCUCCGACCACGCCAAGCCAUCGCCCUCCACUGCUCCCGGGGACUCAGGAGGAACCUGUCUCUCUGCUGUCAGCCUCCGUCUGGCUCAGCCUAGGGUCACUCUGCCAUAUGCAAGUGGAGAUCCAAGCAGUUCUGACUGUCCAGGAGCUCAUCUGACCGUUCUCUUGUGUGGAUGACCACAUACAAAGGCAAUUUUAGUGUAUUAAUCAUAGAUUAUUAUAAACUAUAAACUUAAGGGCAAGGAGUUUAUUACAAUGUAUCUUUAUUAAAACAAAAGGGUAUAUAGUGUUCACAAACUGUGAAAAUAGCGUCAGAACUGUACAUUGUGAGCUCUGGUUAUUUUUCUCUUGUACCAUAGAAAAAAAUGUAUAAAAAUUAUCAAAAAGCUAAUGUGCAGGGAUAUUGCCUUAUUUGUCUGUAAAAAUGGAGCUCAGUAACAUAACUGCUUCUUGGAGCUUUGGAAUAUUUUAUCCUGUAUUCUCGUUUGAAUUCUUCCUCUAUUUAAGAUAUAUACAUGGAAUCGAAGUGUUUAUGUAAUAGUUCUAUCCUUUUGCCUGCAGGUCAGUUGUAAUAAAUCUAGAAUGUGAUGAUGACUUGUAAUUUGAUUUUCUGAAAUCAGACCCUGAGAGGGGGAAAUCAAGUAAAUUCCAUUAAAUUAUCUGCGUAUUUCA